AUGUUGCGUUUCCUUGGAUUCUCUUCGGCAAGUAACGACGCCAAGCCAGAGCCUUCACGAAGUCUUCCAGCUUCGUGGUACAGGUCUCCAGAACUGCAUCAGCUCGAGAGAAGAGCAAUUAUAUCAAGAAAGUGGAUCCUGGUGACACAUUCGCUACGCUUCAAACAAGCGGGCGAGUUUGUCUCCUUCGUCUACGCCGACUUCCCUUUCUUCCUCGUCCAAGACCGCGAUGGCAAUAUCAACGGCUUUCACAAUGUGUGCCGCCACCGAGCAUAUCCUGUCGUCGAGAAGAAGUCUGGCAAGGCGAGCAUACUAAGCUGCAAGUACCACGGCUGGUCAUACGGGUUCAAGGGCAAUCUUGCCAAAGCGCCGAGAUUCGAUACGGUAACCGGCUUCGACAAGAGCCAAAAUGGCCUUCUCCCAAUCCACGUUCGCGUGGAUCCCGCUGGCUUCAUUUGGGUUAACCUCCAAGCAGGCGAACCAGACUUCAAGUGGGAAGACGAGUUUGGCGGUGUCUACCAGAAGCCGCGUAUGCAAAACUUUGACUUUGCAGGAGGCUACAAUUAUGACCACGUCUGGGAUAUGGAGCUGGAGGCCAACUGGAAGGCCGUCAUUGAGAAUUACAACGAGUGCUACCAUUGCCCAACAUCACACCCCUUGAUUGCGGGAGUGUCGGACUUGACGAAAUAUCAAGUAAAGCCAAGUGGAGGUUGCUUGGAGCACGAGAUCAUCAACAAGAAGGCUCAAGAUGAGGAAGACGAGUUUCGACGCUCGAUCACCUUUUUUUACCCCUCAACUUCAGUGACGAUCACUCAGAACUUUUUCUACAUCCAGCGAAUGAUUCCAAUCAGCGCAACCAAAACCCGAAUCGAGAACGAGGUGUAUCGCUCUCACGAAUCCACCGAUGCCGAGUUCGCCGCCAUCAAUGCGUUCUACAAGCAGGUGCUAGAGGAAGACCGAGAGUUGUGCAUUGGCGCACAGGAAAACCUCAGUGCUGGCGUCUUCAUUAGCGGCGAGCUUCAUCCAGAAAAAGAGAGGGUACGGCAAGGAACUCUUGAUGCCCUCCCAGCACUACAGUCCGAUACUGACACAUUCGCUCAGGGCCCGAUUCAUUUUCAAAACACGGUUCGAGAGGAGGUGAUGAAGCACCGGCAAAGGGAGUUGGAGCAAGGAGGCCGAGAAAUCUGGCCAGCCACGCCCAACCUACUCGGCCAGACGGGCACAGGGAAACUGAAUGAAGACGAGGCUUUCUGCUCGGAACUCGAGAAAGCUAACUGUGGUGGCCGAGAGGAACUAGCCUGGUGA